CUUAACUCAAGUGAAGAAAAUUCUUUAGAAAAGCGGUUAAACAAUGAAACGGACGGCCAUUUCGUGGAAGGGCUGCUCAGAUAUAUUGAAUACUUAGGCCACGACAACAUACGAUUACCGCCCGGUAUUUGUCUGCCAAAUGUCUGUAGUGCUAAGGAUGCGGAGUGGGCUAUCAAUAAAAUACUCUAUCCACUGACACACAUGAGUAUUAUUAUUAAUCCCGAUUGCGAUUAUAAGGGCAAACCCGUUGAUACUUUCAAUAACAGAAAAGCCAACACC